UCAGCGUACGAGAAUGAGACAAUCGGCUGAGACCUGGUUACGAUUUUGAUACCGAAAAGACCCUUGCUAAGAUAUGCUCCGGAAAUGUCUAUCAUAUUCUAAAAGGAUCACUUCAUUUGUAACAGAAGGACAAAGUCGUGAAGACAUACUCUUGUUCCAUCAGCUUCAGAAGAAGACUAGGUUCAAAAUCACGGAGUUGCUUCUGUCAGCGGUUGCUAGAGCCUGUGGAAGACUUGGUGCCCUGGAGGAAGGCAAGCAAGCUCAUUGCAUUGUAUUCAAACAUGGGUUGAAUAGAGAUAUGAUUCUAAUGACUUCCCUUCUUGAUAUGUACACAAAAUGCAGCGACAUCAAAGAAGCCCGCCGUGUGUAUGAUGAAAUGCCCGAAAGAGAUGUUGUUGUGAACAAUAGCAUGAUUUUCGGGUUAUGCCGGUGUCACUUGACGUUGGAGGCGAUCACUUUGUUUAAUAAUAUGUUUGAGCGCGAUGUGGGAUCUUGGAAUUCACUGAUUUCAGGGCUUGCACAAAACUCUGAGGGAAGGACGGCGUUGUUUUUGUUUAAGAAAAUGCGAGUGGAGGGAGCUGAAGUUGAUUUUAUGACCAUGUCCAGUGUUCUUUCAGUUUGUGCUGAUAUUGCAGCUUUGCUUAAUGGCAAACAAGUUCAUGGGCUGGUGAUUAUAUAUGGUUUUGAGCUACAUUUACCGGUUGGAAAUGCUACUGUUGACAUGUAUGCUAAAUGUGGACGCAUGGAUGAUGCUUGCCAAUUUUUCAAGAACAUGCCUAUCAAGAAUGUAGUUUCAUGGACUUCUUUGAUUGUGGGUUAUGGAAAACAUGGCCUGGGAUUGGAAGCUCUUGAGGCAUUUAAUGCAAUGGAAACGGAGGGUGUUGUACCAAACAAGAUCACAUUCUUGGGAGCAUUAUAUGCGUGUAGUCAUGCAGGAUUAGUUCAAGAAGGGUGGAGGAAUUUCAACACCAUGAUACAUAAGUACUCCAUCACGCCCAUGAUGGAGCAUUACACAUGCAUGGUUGAUUUACUUGCACGAGCUGGGCAUCUCACAGAGGCUUAUGAUUUCAUAGAGAGGAUGCCAAUAAAGCCGGAGGCAAAGCUUCUGACUGCUUUUCUUAGUUCAUGUUGCUCCCGCAUGAAUGUAGAGCUAGCAAAGACUGUUGGACAGAGAUUACUUGAAUUGGAACCCGAAGAAGCAGGGGCCUAUAUGUUGCUUUCCAACUUCUAUGGACUUGUUGGGGAUUUGGAAGGUGUCAAAAACGUGAGAAGAUUGAUGUCAAAGAAGGGAAUAAGAAAAGCAAAAGCAUGUACAUGGAUAGAGAUAGAUAGAAAAGUUCACAGCUUUGAAUCCGGAGAUAUGUCUCAUCCCCUUAGCAAAGAGAUAUACAAUUACUUGAAAAAUCUUGUUCAGAAGAUGAAGAAUUGUGGGUAUGUACCAAACACAAGCAUGGUUAUGCAAAAUGUGGCUGAGCACAUAAAAGAAGAGAUAGUUCUUGGCCACAGUGAGAAAUUGGCCAUUACACUUGGGCUAAUUAGCACACCCCCGGGAACCCGUAUCAUGAUAGUUAAGAAUCUUAGAGUAUGUGCAGAUUGCCAUUUGGUGACCGCAUUGAUCUCAAAGAUUGAAGAGAGAGAGAUCGUUGCAAGAGAUUCGAGCCGAUUUCAUCAUUUCAAUAAUGGAGCAUGCUCCUGUGGAGGUCAUUGGUGAGAGGUGAGACCGCUCCAUAUGAAAGGGAUGGGGGUAAAAGUAAUGUUUGUAACGUUCUUCGGAAUUCAUGUGAUGAGUUUCCUCACAUGAGUCCCACCGAUAUCUAUUGUUUUGUACUAUUCCCAUAGUUUUAUGGUAAACAUUGAAACAGGAUGUUUUCCUUGUUGCAUCUUUCAACUUUCUUUGUUCCACCUCCAUAUGACCUUUCAGUUUCAGGAUGUUUUCCUUGUUGAAUCUUACAACUUUUCUUUGUUCCACCUCCAUAUGACCUUUCAAACAAUUUCACCUAAACACAUAUGGAUGGAACCUAUGAGAAAUUAUUUUUACAUAACUUCUCUCGCAUCAGGUAAGACCAUUUAUGUGAGAGGAGUUGUAUAAAAAUUGUGUUCCUAGGAUUCCUCGGGAUUCACGUCACAUGGACCCCACCAAUAUCUAUUGUUUUGUACUAUUCCCAUAGUUUUAUAGUAAACAUUGA